CAGACCUGCCGGCGCCCCCGGCUUAGAGACUGCCCCCGCCUCCGUCCCAGGGUCCCACACUGCGGGCCAGCCCUCGCCCGAGAGGCAGCGUCAUGGCGGCCGCCGUCCUCCUCCUCCUGCUGCUGCCCACGGCUGCUGCCAUGCACUCGGACUGCAUCCUGAAGAAGGAGGAAGCCAUGUGCCUGGAGAAGAUUGAGCGGGCUAAUGAGAUGAUGGUGCUGAACGGGUCCGAGCCAGGCUGUCCGGGGAUGUGGGACAACAUCACGUGCUGGAGGCCGGCCGCCGUGGGACAGGUCGUGGAGGUUGGCUGCCCCGAGCUCUUCCAGAUUGUCAAUGAAGGAGGAUUUGACUUAGCUGACAAUGAAGCUCUGGAGUCUUCAGACACCGGGGUGGUGAGCAGGAACUGCACUGAGGACGGCUGGUCCGAGCCCUUCCCCCACUAUUUUGAUGCUUGUGGAUACGACGACUACCUUGAGGGGGGAGGGAACCAGGAUUACUACUACCUGUCGGUGAAGGCGCUCUACACGGUGGGCUACAGCACCUCCCUGGUCUCCCUCACCACGGCCAUGGUCAUCUUGUGCCGCUUCCGGAAGCUGCACUGCACCCGCAACUUCAUCCACAUGAAUCUCUUCGUCUCCUUCAUCCUGCGGGCGAUAUCCGUCUUUAUCAAGGACUGGAUCCUGUACGCGGAGCAGGACAACAACCACUGCUUCACCUCCACCGUGGAGUGCAAAGCCGUGAUGGUCUUCUUCCAUUACUGCGUCAUGUCCAACUACUUCUGGCUCUUCAUCGAGGGCCUCUACCUCUUCACGCUCCUGGUGGAGACCUUCUUCCCCGAGCGCAGAUACUUCUACUGGUACAGCAUCAUCGGCUGGGGGACCCCGACCAUCUGCGUGACUGUCUGGGCCGUGCUGAGGAUCCACUUUGAUGACAACGGCUGCUGGGACAUGAAUGACAACACAGCCCUGUGGUGGGUCAUCAAAGGCCCAGUGGUGGGCUCCAUCAUGAUCAACUUUGUCCUGUUCAUCGGCAUCAUCGUGAUCCUGGUGCAGAAGCUCCAGUCCCCGGACAUCGGAGGCAACGAGUCCAGCAUCUACCUCAACUGCGUGCAGAAAUGUUACUGCAGGCCAAAGCGGGCUCAGCAGCACUCUUGCAGGAUGUCAGAGCUGUCCACCAUUACUCUGAGGCUGGCCCGCUCCACACUGCUGCUCAUCCCACUCUUUGGAAUCCACUACACGGUGUUCGCCUUCUCACCAGAGAAUGUCAGCAAGAGGGAGAGACUCGUGUUUGAACUGGGACUGGGCUCCUUCCAGGGCUUUGUGGUGGCCGUCCUCUACUGCUUCCUGAAUGGGGAGUUUCUCCCUAAAGGUGCAAUCCGAAAUAAAGAGAAAAUGGCGGAGCUGGAAAGUCAACCGGUACUUUGCUGUGGAUUUCAAGCACCGGCAUCCCUCCCUGGCCAGCAGCGGGGUGAACGGGGGCACCCAGCUGUCCAUCCUGAGCAAGAGCAGCUCGCAGAUCCGCAUGUCCAGCAUCAACGCCGAGAACCUGGCCACCUGAGCGGCCGCGGCCCGGCCGCCUCCUGCCCCGGCUGAAAGAGUGGCCUUGUGCGGUUGGGGCGGGGGGGGCGGCCGGGGCUCCCGAGGAUGUCUGAGUGGGGCUGAGUGUGUGAGUGAGUGGGAGCCGGGGAGCCCGGGUCUCCAGCGGAGGCCGCAAUGCUUGUCCCUUUGGAAGUGUUUGGGCUCUUCUCCCAUCCCCUUCCCCGUCCCUUGUAAAUAGAGCCGCCGAGCUGGGACUCCGGGCCCCCCACUCGCAGCCCGUGCCUGUCAAAGCCGUGUCCUCACUCACUUCUCGCAGCCUUGGUGAGGGGGGCACGGCUGCCAGGGAGCACUCGCUGCCAGGGAGCACGGCUGCCAGGGAGCACUCGCUGCCAGGGAGCACGGCUGCCAGGGAGCACUCGCUACCAGGGAGCACUUGCUGCCCUCCCCUCCUCGUGGGUCCCUGUGUAUGUGGGGGGCUCCAGCUCUCUCAGUGGCUUCCUCUCCCACAGGGGCCGAGGGCUCAGAUCCCCGGGCUGAACUCUUCAAAACUGGCAGCGGGUGAACGGGGAAUAUGGUGACUGUUCUAGCUUCCGGGGGUGAGGGAGGGGCAGGUAUGAGCUUUGAAGCCAGUGGGGGGGGUUGGCGCCUUUGGGAGGGAGAGCCCGAGCUCCCCGACUACCCCAGCCAGGUCCCGGGAGUGUGGGGGAUAUCCCUGCCCGCCUACGGCCCGGCCCAGGCUCUAUCUUCCCCGCUGCCAUUCUUGGAGUCCCUUAGCACCGAUUAGUGAUCGCCCUGCUUCUGAGCCACCCCCAGCCCCGCCAAGGAGCCCUCGCCCCUUAAAUCUAAGGCCGACUGGCCCGUCCCUUUGUGGUGUUGUCCAUCAGACCCGAGGGGCCUCCCCCUCCACCAGCAGCUGAGCCCGAGGGAAAGCCCCGGGGCAGGCCAGGCCAGGCCGGCUCCUUUCCCCCACAAGGUCCCCUACUUGUCCUCCAGGGCCUGGCUCCUUGUCCCCGAGGGCCCGGCUCCUUGUCCCUGAGGGCCCGGCUCCUUGUUCUCCAGGGCCCGGCUCCUUUUCCCCAGAGGACCCGGCUCCUUGUCCCUGAGGCUCCUUGUCCCCCGAGGGCCUGGCUCCUUGUCCCCCAGGGCCCAGCUCCUUGUCCUCCAGGGCCCGGCUCCUUUUCCCCAGAGGACCCGGCUCCUUGUCCCUGAGGCUCCUUGUCCCCCGAGGGCCUGGCUCCUUGUCCCCCAGGGCCCAGCUCCUUGUCCUCCAGGGCCCGGCUCCUUGUCCUCCGAGGGCCCGGCUCCUUGUCCCUGAGGCUCCUUGUCCCCCAGGGUCCGGCUCCUUGUCCCCCGAGGGCCCGGCUCCUUGUCCCCCAGGGUCCGGCUCCUUGUCCUCCAGGGCCCGGCUCCUUGUCCCCCAGGGUCCGGCUCCUUGUCCUCCAGGGCCCGGCUCCUUGUUCUCCAGGGCCCGGCUCCUUGUCCCCCAAGGGCCCGGCUCCUUGUCCCUGAGGCUCCUUGUCCCCCAGGGUCCGGCUCCUUGUCCUCCAGGGCCCAGCUCCUUGUCCCCCGAGGGCCCGGCUCCAUGCCAGGGCGAGGGCCGAGCCCCUGGAGCAGAUGCUGGGGCAGAGCUGGGCCUUCCCAAAGGCCUGGGCCUCCUCCUGCCUGCACGGAGCCUGCAGACCACCAGCCCCCCCUUGGCCCUUCCAUUCCCGGCUGUGCUGGGGCCAGCAGGAGGAGGUCGGGGCCUCGGGCCUGGCUGAGCUGCUUCCGGCCCGAGAUCGUGGGGCUCUCGAGGGACCAGGCCCGGCGGCGCCACUUUGGGGGGAGUCUGGAUGGCCGGAGCCCACCUGGAACCACAACCGACCAGGUUCCUCUCACUCAGCGCUCCUGGGCUGCCCGGAACCACGGAGUCUUGGGCGGGGCUGGGCCGAGUGUGGGAGAGAACGGCCCGGGGGCCGGAGCCAGGACACUCCGUCUGCCAGGAGCCCGGAGGAUCCGGCUCAUCCCUUCCACUGGUCACAGGGACACUAACCGUGGAAGGCCCGUGGGCUGAGCCGUGGGCACAGGACUUCCCGCCAACGGGCAGCGUUCCAGCUCCUCUGCCCCGGGAGCGCGUGGGGGCCCAGCUCCGGCCUAGCCGGGAGGGGAGGCCCCGUGGAUGGCCCAGAGGGAUGGCGCCCGCGGCCCCAGGACGUGGCCCCCCCGGCCAGUGCCAAGGCAUCCAUGGGUCUGCCCGUGCUCUCAGACCCUCCCGGAGAUCCGAGUGCCCUGGGGAAGGGGUGGGGCAGAACGGGGACCCCGAGCCGCUCCCGGCUGCCCCUGGGCCUCAGGCCCCCCCCCCCGCCCCCUAACGUGCUGCGGGCCCUCCGCCAGCAUUAAGGCUGGAUGGCGCGUCCCAGAGCUGGGAAAUCGCCGGAACCUUCUGCGCGCCAACUCCGAGGGGGCCCAGGCUCCCACAGCCGCGCUCCCGGACCCGCCUGGGCAGAGAACCCCGCGUCCCACCGCCCAGGGCUGGAGCGGCCCCAGCCCCUGGGACAAGGGCGAGCGUGCAGACCCCAGGGGCGGGAGACCUGCCCGGGCCCAGCUCCCGAGGAAAUGCCCUAAACCACUGCCUUCUGGACAUUGGGGGCACCACUGGUCUCCCCCAGACCUGGCUCAGACCCCCAAGAAGGGUCUUACAAUAAGGGGAAAGUGGAGGGGAACUCACCCCCCCCACACUCCUGGUUCUCUCCCUCCUCCCUGGGGGCCGCGGCUGCUCCCCGGUGUCACCCCCAGUGCCAUAAGGUCACUCCCUCCUCCCCGGGGGCCGCGGCUGCUCCUCGGUGUCACCCCCAGUGCUCAGUGCCCUCCAUCGCCUCUGAGAGCUUCGCUUGCCUCUGGAUGCUCCUGCCCCCCGCGCUCAGACCCCCCCCCACGUGCCGAGGAGCGCUCUCCGUCGCCCCCAAGCUGAGAGGGCCUGGGACAGCCUGCUCCGGGGGCACAGCGAAGUUAUGAGACCGCCCCCUCGGGGGCCGUGUGGUCCUGGACAAGUGGACAAGAGGACGGCCUCCAUCCGGGUCCCAGCCUGGACGCCGCGGGCUGUGUCCCCGGGGGGCGCCGAGGGAGCCCCCCGUUCCCGUGGGACUUUCACCAGCCGGAGCCUGGAGUGGCAGGCCAGACCGGGGCCUGAGCCCCCUCCCCGGGGCCGCUGCCCCCCGGCUCCCCCAUCCUCGGGCCUCCGGGCCAUUGUUCCCUGGCCUCCACCCCGGUGGAGAAGAGGCUGUGGGAGCCUGGAUCUGCCUCCACUGCGGACCAACCAGCUGGCCUUGGAACGAGUCACUGAACCAAGAUUUCUGCCCCUCAGGCUCAUGUGUGAAAUGGGGCUGGGAACGACAGCCCCCAGCAGCUGAGAGGCCUCCGGAGGGAACUGCCCCUCCGAAGCACCGGGCCAGGAAACGCCCCGGCCCAUGACCGCGGAGCUCUGUCGGGCCUGGGGGUCGUGCUGGGCCCCAGGACUGGAUCUCGCCAUCCCCACCCCGAGGAGGUCGGGAAGGCUCUAUCAGCCACGGAGCCCCGCCAGCAGCUGCUGGGAGGCGCGGAGGGAGCGGGGGUCUGGGGGGGCUCGGCGUAGGCUCUCGUGCUUAUCUUUGUGAAUAACUUCUUACUUCUGUAUCUGGGGGGAGGGGGAGAACAUGAGGGGUUCCACUGGGGGCACCCCCAAUCACCCCAGACCGUAGACCAGAGAGCCGUCACGAGGGCCCGUGGGGGACCCCUCUUCUCGCUCUCUUCCCUGCCCCCCCCGCCUCUGUCCUGUCCAGUGGAUAUCUGUCUUGCCGUGUUGGGAUUUCCAUGAGGGUUGGGGUCAUCUCGGGCAUCCAGCUUUUGUCCCCAGCUGGGGGGGGUUGGGGGGUUGGGGUCCCUUGUCUGUGGAUGUCAAACUCCUGGGCCCUGCUACAGCCUCCCGGAUGAACCCCGCGCGCCCCCUGGUGCUGCUGGGCUCUCCGAGGCCUCCCCCUUCUGUAGUUGGUUCAUUAAAUGUCUUCUCAUUUUCA